AUGACCAAACUCCCAGCCACGGAUCCAUUUGAGCUAGCAUUUGCUGAGACUGACAAAACAGAUGCAAUUCUAGUAGUUGAGGGAAAGAAAUUGCAUGUUAAUAAAGCGCUCCUCUCCAUUCACUCCGACUACUUCAACACCCUGUUCAACUCGGAAUUCAAGGAAAAAUCAAUGUCGGAAAUCGAAAUUAAGGAUGUGGAAUUUGAAGAUUUUGUCACAUUGCUCAGCCUUAUCAUGCCAGAAACAAUGCCACUGACAAUUCAAAAAGGCGAGAAACUUCUGGAACUAUCCGAUCGAUUUCUCAUUCCAGCUGCCAAACGCCACGUGGAACUUUUCAUUGCUCAGUCGGAUAUGGAUAAGGAGAAGAAGCUGAUAUUGGCUGAUAAAUUCGAUUCGGAGAUUUUGAGAAACAAUGCACUGGCAGAGUACAAAGAAAGACAUUUUUACAAUAAUAUUGGCAAUGUUGGAAAGAAUUUCUCCCAGACUACUAAAAAUGCCAUCUUUGAUGUCUUUUUUCAGAAAUUCCAACAUAAACUUUGA